AGCAACGACCAGCAAUUGACGCGCUGCAGAUACUCGCCCGUUCAUCAAAAACCUCGCAAUCAUGGGAAUCAAAGCCGUCGUCGCUGGUGCCUCUGGUGGAAUUGGACAGCCAUUGUCCCUCCUCUUGAAGACCUCUCCUCUCAUUACCGAAUUGGCAUUGUAUGAUGUCGUCAACACUCCUGGUGUUGCCGCCGAUCUCUCCCACAUCUCUUCACCUGCCAAAAUCACCGGCUACCUGCCAAAGGAUGAUGGAGCCAAGGCCGCAUUCAAGGACGCCGACAUCAUUGUUAUCCCUGCUGGCAUUCCCCGCAAGCCAGGAAUGACCCGUGAUGACCUCUUCAACAUCAACGCCGGUAUCGUCAAGGGCCUCAUCGAGGUCAUUGCCGAGGUUGCCCCCAAAGCCUACAUCCUCAUCAUUUCCAACCCCGUAAACUCCACCGUCCCCAUUGCCGCCGAGGUCCUCAAGGCCAAGGGUGUCUUCGACGCCAAGCGCCUGUUCGGUGUCACCACCCUCGACGUCGUCCGAGCCGAGACCUUCGUCGCUGAGAUUGUUGGCGAGUCCAACCCUCAAAGCCUCACCAUCCCAGUCAUCGGUGGUCACUCCGGAGAGACCAUCGUCCCUGUCUUCAGCCAGGCCAAGCCUGCUGUCAAGAUCCCCUCGGACAAGCUGGCCGAUCUGGUCAAGCGUGUGCAAUUCGGUGGUGACGAGGUUGUCAAGGCUAAGGAUGGCGCUGGAUCUGCCACCCUUUCCAUGGCAUACGCCGGAUACAGAUUCGCAGAGAAGGUCCUCAGAGGUCUCAAGGGCGAGAAGGGCAUCGUCGAGCCAACCUUCGUUUACCUGCCAGGUGUUGCAGGUGGUGAUGUGAUUGCCAAGGAGACUGGCUGCGAUUUCUUCUCGGUCCCAGUUGAACUAGGCGCCAGCGGAGCUGAGAAGGCUCUGAACCCUCUGACAAACCUCGACGAGAACGAGAAGGUGCUUCUCAAGGCCUGCGUGGAAGGAUUGAAGGGCAACAUCGCCAAGGGCGUUUCCUUCGCGCAGAACCCACCAGCCCCAAAAUAGACUGUGAUGGCUCUGCGAUAGUUGAGAGGGCGGGGGAGUGCUCAUUAUUCCUUCUCUCUUUCAUUCGUAUGCUUUUUCAGAAGACGAUGCCAAGAAAUGGAACGACCAGAAUGAAGUGAUGGUGGAUUGGGAGGGGUUGGAGUAGAGCUAGACUGCGGAGAGGGAAGGGGAGAUGAUUAAUAGGUGCGGAUCCGACAAUAGCCCAAGUUGGGCAUAUGUGCAGGAAAUGACGGGCGAAAUUCAAAAAAUACUUUUAUCCAUGAUGGUCUGUCCCGUUUUGAUUCCCGUUUUGAU